GUGAUGGAAGUGCUGCGCCAAUUGCGCCAAACUGCGCCAAGACAGAAAUGCUGCUACAUGCUGCGCCAAAUGGCUAUUUUUCGCGUACAUUGCGCCAUGCCUGCGCCGAGGCCAACGUUUUGUGAUGCUCGCCUUCACGGCCAAUGGUUCCGAAACCUGAAACAGUGCCGAAAUAGCCGCUAAGCCAAGCCAAGCCUAUCUUCAGCCGCUGCUAGCCGUGUGCGAAGCGUUGGCCAGUGGCCAGAGAACGUUGCAUCAGUCGCACGUGCUGGGCGCAUUGGCCGUUCCGGCAGGCGACGAAAUGGCUUUUGCGAGGAAAGGUCGUCAAAGCAAGUUUAAUGUCCAAGUGCUCAACGAGAUUGAUUCCAACGGCGACGUCAUCUCUGUUUGGUGCAGACAAGGAAUAAAACAAGAGGAAGCGUUCUGCACCAUCUGCAACACUGUGAUAAACUGUGCACAGCAUGGUGUAGCGGCUGUCAAGCGUCAUGCUGCCAAUAAGAGUCACGUUGAGUUGUGCACUCAACAUAGAGAUGCUUCUGGUGUUCUAAAGAAGCCUGCUACUAAGCAAGUUCAGCUGGAAUCAUGCUUUUCAACUGGGCCAGGACUUUCGGAGGCAGACCGUGCUGCUCGAGCGGAUACUUAUUUUGCACUUGGAGUGGCGUUGUCUGGGAUCCCAUAUACCUAUGGGGAUGCAGCAACGAAGAUGAUGCCGUUGAUGUUUCCAGACUCGAAAAUAGCCAAGGAGUUCCAGUGUGGUAGAAAGAAGCUAUCAUACAUAAUUUCAGAUGGCCUAGGUCCAUAUUUUAAGAAGGCAGUCACAGACGAACUCAACAAACCACACACAUAUUACACAAUUCAGAUCGAUGAAACACCGCUUCCAGAGCAACGCUGCCAACAGCUGGAUGUGAUGGCCAGAUAUUUUUCUGAUUCCCAGAAGCGUGUUGUCGUUAAGCAUUUGCGCUCUUAUCACUUGGGCUCUGCAACAUCAGGAGUCUUGCUGGCACAUGUCAAAGAAGCCCUGCAAGAUUUGCCUGCAAGAAACAUGCUCUGCUUUUACAGUGAUGGGCCCAACGUCAUGCGAAGUUUGAAAAAACGUUUGAAAGAAGAUGUGAAUCCAGCUUUGCUGGACAUUAGUGAAUGUAGUUUGCACAAGGUGCAUAAUGCAUUUGCAAAAGGUCUCGAAGCAUUUGGUGAUACUGUAGAAACAACGUUGCUUGACAUAUAUCACUUUUUCAAAAAUUCAGCCGUACAAAGUGCUACGCUGAAGGCAACACAGAGAUUCCUAGGCUUGCCUGAAAAUGUCCUCCUGCGGCAUGUGAGCUCGCGAUGGCUGACGCUGAGUUCAGCUUUGGAUCGAUUUAUCCAGCAACAUGAAGCUGUCAAGGAAACAGUUCUAGGUGCCCAACAAAAAAGUCGAGCGGGUGGCAAUAUUUAUAGGCGUCUGAAAGAAAAGCUAAUGAAAAAGGAUCUACUUCCCAAGGCAAUCUUUCUUCGAAAUGUCGCAGAUGUGUUUGUUGAAUUCUUGACGUUAUUUCAACGACGUGAGCCACUCCUCCAUAUACUGUAUGAAGAAAUGGUGAAGCUUGUAAAGAGAAUUCUGGGACGUUUCCUACUGAUCGGUGCAUACAGGGACUUCACAGGAGUGGAACUUCAAUCCCUUAAUGUAGAGUGCUCUGCGAAUUGGAAACAGGUAGUUGAAAUUGGUGCAGACACUGAAAAUUCUAUUAAUUCUUUCACGCCUGAAGAGAAGAAGAUGUUUAGACUAGGUGCACGUAGCUUUUACAUUCAGGUUGCGAAGUAUCUGCUUUCAAGGCUGCCCCCCCCUUUGGCAAUCAGGUGCUUAAAGAUCUCAAGAGCCUUCAUCCAAGUGCUGUCAAGGAGGAGAGUGCCAUUGUGGCACUCAGGAAUUUGGCACAACAAGUGCCAGAAGUGGUACCACCGCAGGAAGUGUCUGCUCUGAUGGACGAACUAACGCUCCUCUCCACAGAAGAGUUUUCCUCUAAUCCACAUGAGCGUCUCGACGAUGCGUGGCAGCACGUAUUCAGCCUCUUGUCAAGACUGUGGUCCCAAGUACCCCCGAACAGUGAAAUUUGUUAAAGCUAUGCUGUCGCUUGCACAUGGUAAUGCUGACGUUGAAAGGGGAUUUAGUGAAAAUCGCCGUCUUCUCCAUGAGCGAAGUAACCUUUCAAUUGCCAGUGUAAAUGGAUUGCGUGCUACUAAAUCAUUUUGUAGCCGGUAUGGCCAAGAUGCCUCAGCUGUUCCUCUAAAGCCUGAUAUGAUCAAAUCGGUAAAGGGCUCAUUUAAAAAGUACCAGGAACGUGUGUCUGCAGAAUGUGAACCCUCGGCCAAGAAAGCCAAGCUUCACCAAGACUCCGUAGGAACCAAAGUGGAUGAGCAGCGAAGUAUACAGAUGGAUAUCGAUUCUGCUAAGAAGAUGCUAGCCAAUGCAGAACUGCUUAUUGCAAAAGGGAUGAAGGCUAAGAAGUUUGAUGAUAUUGAAAGUGGACAAGCGUUGCUCAAGGAGGGUCAGGCAAAACUUGCUAGCAGUCUUAGCAAGCUUGAAGAUUCAAAGAAAAAGAAAAGCUGCGCGCCUAUAGGACUAGUCUCAGUUAUGAGGUUUGCAUGUGGAUUUCACUGUGAUGUUUACUUUUUUAGAGCUGAAGUACUCCGUUUAAAGGCUCAUGUGAGAGUUUUUCUGUGAUAGUAUUGCAUUGUAAUUACUGUAAAAUGAUACCUGAUAGUGCAAAAAUGGCAGGCAUUCUGCAAAUGUUGUGUGUUCCGUAAAUGUGUUCAUAUUUUUGUUGGUAAAUUUGUUAAGUGCAGUAUAUGAUCAAUAAUAAAUGCAAUUAUUUUUAAAAUAA